UAACUCUGAAUCUGGAAGUUCUUGCAUUAGUUUUGUGAGACAGGUGCAUCAAAAACAAUGUCGCAGAUUAGAUUUAGGGCUAUACUUUUGCUCCUUCUGUUGGCAGAGUUUUGUGUUGCACAGGAAGAAACCCAAACUAAAGGCUGCGUUUGUGGAUACCCUGGAAUACCAGGAGACCCGGGGCACAAUGGCACACCUGGGAGAGAUGGACGAGAUGGCCUUAGGGGUGAAAAAGGCGAUCGAGGUGAAGUUGGUCCUACUGGUCCAGCAGGCAAUGAUGGCCACAAGGGGGACAAAGGGGAACUUGGUGCAGUUGGCCCAGGAGGGCUCAAAGGAAAAAGGGGAGAUAAUGGAGAAAGGGGGCCUCCUGGGAAAAUGGGACCCCAAGGAGUCCAAGGGCCCAUAGGGCUGAAAGGAAAUAAGGGAGAGUUUGGGCCGCCUGGACCCAUAGGGCCUAAAGGUGUUGUGGGGCCUCUUGGACCACAGGGUCAAAAAGGGGAAAUUGGCCUUCGAGGUGAAAGAGGCAUUCAGGGACCAUUGGGACCCCCUGGCAGACCAGGCCCUAAGGGGGAAAUUGGUGUUCCAGGUCACAAAGGCAACAUUGGUUAUCGUGGGGACAAGGGGAAUCGAGGAGAGAAGGGUGAUGGGGGUGAGAAGGGAGAUGCAUUUGUUAUCUCUAAAAGCGCCUUCUCUGUGGGACUCACAGCACUAACUAAACUCCCAGCAGCUAAUGCACCAAUCCGGUUUGACAAGAUAAUUUACAACCAACAGAAUCACUAUGAUCCACAAACAGGAAGAUUCACAUGCUCUGUAGCAGGCACUUACUUCUUCACCUACCACAUCACUGUCUUCUCCAGAAACGUGAAAGUGGUCCUCAUGAAAAAUGGAGUAAAGAUCAUCCACACCAUGGAUAACUACCAGAGCAGUGAGGACCAGGCAGCAGGGGGCGCUGUGCUGCACCUGGAGGUGGGGGAUAGGGUGUGGCUGCAGGUGGCUGGAGGAGAGCUGUUCAAUGGGCUCUUUGCUGAUGAAGACGAUGACACCACCUUCUCUGGGUUUUUAAUCUUUGCAGAUUGAUUACUUUAUAAUUUCUGAUAAAAGAAAAAAAAAUAUUAAGAAAUGAAUCAGGAGAGAUCAACCUGGCAUUUACUCAAGUACUAUACCAAAGCACAAAUUUCAGGUAUUUAUACUUUAACUUGAGCAUUUUCAUUUUAUUCUAUUUAAUACUUCUUCUUCAUAUAUUUAUA